CAGUCUGCCGACGAGCCUCCGCAAAGAUAAACAAACUUGCGACAGUUGCGGUCUGGAUUUGGUCUCACUGCACUGAGUCUGCGAGACAGAUGUCAUUCCUGAGGAGCCAGCGGCGCAGAAGUGACGCCGCUGACAGUUUGGACAGUCAGUUGGCAGACGGAAGGUGUUGCGGCUUGCUCCGGUGUUGUCUUACGGUCGGCGAUGUCAGCCACCAAGACCCAGUCCGGCGACGGUCCCCCUGGCGCCAAACCGAAAGGAGUGCUGUCUCUGGACCUGAGCGGCGACUACGACUCCGACUCGGCUCCGCUGCCAUCGGUGACCGGUACACGCUCGUGUCGACACUCUGUCUCCUCCUGUACCGAUGUGACCUCUGAGAAGACGCCGCUGCUGGCGCCGCCCCGCCCGGAGACCUGCGGCGGCAGUGCGGACCCGGCGAGCGCUACGCCCAGCGGCGGCCGCUGCAGCUCCCACCUGGGCCUGCUGCUGGCACUGUUUGCCGCCUUCUGCUCGUCAUUGGUGAACGCACUCGUCAAGGGCCUGUCGUCGGUGGACCCGGCGGCGCUGUCGGCGUUCCGUUUCGCCAUCCUUCUCGUCCCAGCGAUGGCUGUGGCCAUUCGCCGUGGCACGUCCAUCUUCCCGCGCGGCCGCCGGCGCACGAUGCUGGUCCGCUCGGUACUCGGCACCGCCGGACUCGUGCUCAAGUUUUACGCGAUGCGUCUAAUGCCUCUGGCCGACGCCAGUGUGAUCGUGCUCAGCGUGCCCGUCUUUGUGGCGGUAUUCGCGCGCCUGUGGCUGAAGGAGCCGUUCACGUGGGUGAACGCCCUCACCAUCGCCGGCACGCUCGCGGGGAUCGUGCUGAUCGUGCGGCCGCCGUUCCUGUUCGGCGGCGGCACCGGCGAGGGCUACAGCGCGGUCGGCCCGGUGCUGGCCUGCACGGCCACGGUGGUGACGUCCAUCACGUACGUGUCGCUGCGCCAGCUCCGCGACGUGCACUACUCGGCCACGGUGUCGGUGUUCAGUCUGACGGCCGUGCCGCUCUCCGUGAUCGUGUGGCUGACCGUGGGCGACCGCUCGCUGCCCACCACGGCGCUGCCCUGGCUGCUGGUGCUCGCUGUCGGCGUGCUCAGUUUCCUGGUGCAGAUGUGUUUCACGAAGGCGUGUCAGCUGGAGCUGGCCGGCCCGGUGGCGGUGGCGCGCACCACCGACAUCCUGUACGCCGUGGUGUGGCAGGUGGUGUGGUUCGACCAGGUGCCCGGCAUGUACUCGUUCAUCGGCAUGGCGCUGGUCGUCAUCUCCGUGCUCCUGGUGGCGGCCAGGAAGUGGUACGAGGCACGGCACAGCCAGCAGAAGAAACCGACCGAAGGCGACUGAGCUUAGAAUCGCUGUUUUCUGUCAAACGGACCGUGAUACUUUGUGGACGUCAAAUAUGUUAAAUGUGAUGUCUAAUGGUUAUACCUACAUAUAUAUGUAGAAAGCCGAACGGGGAAAGGGUAUCGGAGCAUUACGGCACAUUGAACUUGUAAGGCUGCAUAAGGAUGUGAGACCCUAUGGGUAUGUUCUCCCUCAUUACAAACCACCUUCCUCCGAUGAUGUUGGUUUAUCAUUUGGCUCGCAAUAUUCAUGCAUAUUGUGGUUUCCUUCGUUAUUGGUGAAUCAUAAAUAUGUAUAAUUAUCUAUCAUGUUUGAAUAGAUAUGCGUUGCGCUGAAGUGGUUGUUCAUUGCGCUCCAUGCUGUCUAGUUCUCUGUGAGGUUGGGUCGGGUGAUUAAAGACAUGGGCUCACAUCAUAGUAGCAUGAUGACGUAAGAACGACUUUAGACGUUUUACCGGUAUGUAUGUAUUGUACAGUCUGU